AUGAGCUGAGUUAAAAUUUACAUCUUCAUUGUUGAUUAUUUCAAUUAUAAUUAUUACAGAAAAAAGUGUGAACAAUUAAUCAAGAUUACCACUAUUAAGUCAAUAAAGAAAAUUUUAAUCAAAAACAGAAAUUUAGGGAGCUUGGGGGAAGAAUUGGAUAAAAAGGUUUUUAUAGAUACUUUUAGAGAAAGGACAAUCUGCGCAUAA